CGCCAAGCAACGAGGAGUGAUCAGUUGCAGAAUGCUGUCCUCAGCUCCCACUGCAUCCUGAGGACUUACUAUCCUGCAGAUGGCUCUGAGUAGUAGCAUGCCUCGUCAAAUACACCCGAAGAAGCGCGGCCUAUUACGAUGGUUGUUCUUGACUUUUUGAUUACCUCCCUGCGACAAAACGACCUUGCAUUUAGCGUCAGCUUGGCGACAGCCAUCUCGGCACUCGGGCAAGGGUCUUUCCCGAACUCAUGGAAUGACAUAUCUCAACUACUACUAGGGACCAUGGCCAGGAUCUCUACGGUAUAUUACAGUUUCAAUGCAGUGCCGUGAAUGCAUCUCGCAAUGACUCGUUUUUCAUGGCAAUAUUGUCACUGCACUGAGCCUUUACGAAUGCCCGGACCCCGGGCCUGCUAGCGCCCCUAUACAAAUUACAAUCGAGAGAUAUCAAUUCCGCCAUCAUGGCCAUAUCAUCAGACCCCGUGGAGAGGUUUGACCGUCUUCUGAAAUCAUCAACCUUCCUUUUCCUUCUUUACUACCGCGGCCACUGGUGCCCCUUUUGCAUAGCCCACCUCAAGGAGCUCGCAGCCCUGGCCAAGGACAUCAAUGCCGCCGGCGGUACGGUGGUUGCGGUUACGGCAGAAGCAGGACCGGAAGCCCUCGCCAAAGUCCGGGCGUUAACAGGGCUCGCCGACGAACAUGAAGUGAUCGUUGACCCUGAGAAUGCACUCGCUACAGAGCUCAGGCGCAGAGGGCUCCUCGACGUGGCCGUCUCCGACUCGCAACUCUACCGCCUGCGAGGGUACAAACACGGAAUGGCCCAGCCGGCACUGCUCGUCGUCAAGAGUGAUGGCACCGUGCUCCAGCGGUGGGCGAUCAAACCUUCCUUGAUGAAUCUAGGUGGUGCUAGUGACCGGCCCGUGCUGGAUGAUGUGUGGAAAAAGGUCGAGAAGCAGCUCCAAGGGGUGGAUGCUGGUGAUUCUGAGCAGUAUACCACAACCGGCGUUUUCCAUCUUCUAGCACAGAAGAUGGUCGGGAGCAAAUAG